CUCACAGCUUCAGGUCAUUCCAGAAAGAUGAGGAUAUAUAGUAUCUUUACAUUCAUGGCUUACUGUUGUUUGCUGAAAGCAUUUACUAUCACAGUUCCCAAGGACCUGUAUGUGGUAGAGUAUGGCAGCAAUGUGACAUUGGAAUGCAAAUUUCCAGUAGACAAACAAUUAAACCUGUUGGCAUUAGUUGUUUACUGGGAAAUGGAGGAUAAGAAAAUUAUUCAGUUUGUGAAUGGGGAGGAAGACCUGAAUGUUCAGCACAGUAGCUACAACCAGAGGGCCCUGCUGUUGAAGGACCAGCUCUCCUUGGGAAAGGCCGCACUUCAGAUAACAGAUGUGAAAUUGCAGGAUGCAGGGAUUUACUGCUGCUUGAUCAGCUAUGGCGGUGCUGACUACAAGCGGAUUACUUUGAAAGUCAAUGCUCCAUACCGCAAAAUCAACCGAACAAUUUCUGUGGAUCCAGUCACCUCUGAACAUGAACUAACGUGUCAGGCUGAGGGUUACCCUGAGGCUGAAGUCAUCUGGACAAGCAGUGACCACCAAGUCCUGAGUGGUAAAACCACCAUCACCAGUUCCAAGAGGGAGGAGAAGCUUUUCAAUGUGACCAGCACACUAAGAGUCAACACAACAGCUAACGAGAUUUUCUACUGCAUUUUUCGGAGAUUAGGUCAUGAGGAAAACAGUACAGCUGAGUUGGUCAUCCCAGAACCAUAUCCAGAUCCAGCAAAAAAGAGGACUCACUUGGUGAUUCUGGGAGCUCUCCUGUUGUUCCUUAGUGUAACCCUGACAAUCAUUUUCUGUCUAAAAAGAGAUGUGAGAAUGAUGGAUGUGGAAAAAUGUGGCACCCGAGAUAUGAACUCAAAGCAGCAAAAUGAUACACAAUUUGAGGAGACGUAAUCCGACGUUGAAACUUCUGAUCUUAAAGCAGGGAUUCUCAGCCUGUGGUUUGAGUUCGUCAGGGUUAGGCAUGGCCAGAGGCAUGCAAUGGGCCAGUGGGCUGCAGAUGAUGUAGAACUUAAAAGGCCCAAGCUCUGAAAAUGGAAGCUGGGAAAGAAGAGGAGAACAAAGGAAGAAGGAGUAAAAAAGGUAGCCUUAGCCUGGAAGGGAACCUUGAUACUUCAAAAUAACUGGGAGACUCAUCAAUGCGUAUGAAAAGGAGAAAGGACACUUCUGAAUGAUAAAUCUCCAUGCAAAUUAUCCAUCACUCAUCCUAGGAAAACAGGUUGAGAUUCCCUGAUUUAAUGGUCAGUUCCUGCAGAAGUGCCCUUUGCCUUCACUCAGUGUUGAUUUGUCUUCUGGGUAAUUGAGAGUCUCAGUGUUGCAACAGUACUUAAGUAUGAGUUAUUUUUAUUUAUUUUGAGUCUGUGGGGUCUUGUCAUGUGAGUGUGGUUGUGAGUGAUUUCUUUUGAAGAUAUGCUGUAUUAGAAGUUAAGAUUAUGUCACCAGACCAAACUUACUGCUUGAUGACUUGUGUGUGUCCAGCAAAAUAUAGUAUUUGUAAGUUGCUUGAUAUCCUCUAUAACUAUCAGUACAUAGGAACCAUAGAGAACAAACCAUUGGUUUGUAUAGGAUAUUACCUUAUUUAACCCAUUGAUACUUUGACUGACUUGGAUAAUCUUAUUCUCAGACCUCAAAGUAAGAUACAUUACCAAAAUAUCUGUUACGUUUAAGUAUCAGCUUUACAACUAUGUGUACACAUAAUCUCAUUUCAUCCCUGUAGCAGCUGUGUUGUAGCAAGCACUAUUAUUCUACCCAUUUCACAGCUGAGGGAGCAGAGAUAAAAUAACUUGCCCAAGACAAUAAACAGCAGACCUCAGAUUUCCAAGA